AUGACUCAAGCAACGCGAACGUGGACUGUUUUGGGUCUCGAGGGCAGCGCCAACAAGAUUGGUGUGGGCAUCGUUCGGGAUGGCAAAGUGCUGAGCAAUCCUCGCACAACGUACAUCACGCCUCCCGGUGAAGGCUUUCAGCCCAAGGACACGGCACUGCAUCAUCGGAGUCAUGUUCUGCGGAUUGUCGCCGAGGCCCUGCGCGAAGCCGAGCUGACAUCGGCUCACAUUGAUGCCAUUGCCUUUACGAAGGGCCCAGGCAUGGCCGCACCCUUAACCGUGGUGGCAGUGGUGGCGCGCACGCUGGCCCAGCUGUGGAACGUGCCCUUGACGGGUGUCAAUCAUUGCAUUGGGCAUAUUGAAAUGGGCCGGCUAAUCACUGGCGCGCAGAACCCGACGGUGCUCUACGUCAGCGGUGGCAACACCCAGGUCAUUGCCUACUCCCGCCAGUGCUACCGCGUUUUUGGCGAAACCAUCGACAUUGCCGUGGGCAAUUGCUUGGAUCGAUUUGCUCGCGUUCUCAAGAUUAGCAACGACCCAAGUCCCGGCUAUAACAUUGAGCAAUUGGCCAAAGAGGGGACUCAGCUGAUUGACCUGCCUUACACCGUCAAGGGCAUGGAUGUGAGCUUUUCCGGCAUUCUCACUUACAUCGAAAAGUCGGCUAAUGAGCUGCUGGCUGCUGGCAAAUGCACGCCAGCCGACCUGUGCUAUUCACUGCAGGAGCAUCUCUUUGCCAUGCUGAUUGAAAUUACUGAGCGUGCUAUGGCACACUGUGGGAGCGAGGAGGUUCUUAUCGUUGGUGGCGUCGGCUGUAAUAAGCGGCUACAGGAGAUGAUGGAAAUCAUGGCUAAACAGCGGGGUGCCAAGCUGUACGCGACGGACAUGCGCUUCUGCAUCGACAAUGGGGCCAUGAUAGCACAGGCUGGUUGGGAAAUGGCGCGAUGCGGUCUGUUCACAGACCUGCCCGAUACCUGGGUAACCCAGCGGUAUCGCACGGAUGACGUUCAUGUGGCCUGGCGAGAUUGAGCGGCCCGUUUGCCUAAGCUCUCUUUCCAAUGUUCAGGUCAAGUACCAAUCAUCGUAAAGAAGCAACAAGACACAUCACCGUGACCCUUGCCCCAGGUUCACCGCCGCGCGGUCAGCCUGCCCCAGCCGUUCCGCCAACAAGCGCCUGAGCGAUUUAUCAGCCCACCCAUUGUUGUCAGGGCAGGCAUCAUCUGACAUCAUCAGUCUGGCAAUUUCUGUAUCGAUUUGUGACUGAAAGAAGCAUGAAAUCAAUUUUAUCAACACCGCA